UCCAAAUACGCUGCAUAGGUGUCGUAUUUUAAAUCUUUUAAACCCAUUAACUCGUUUCAAUCACUUGAAACAAUUAUACACUGUUAGAAAAUUCCAAUCAUCUAGUGCUUUAUCGAAGAGUAGGAUAGGAGAAGAAAAGUUUCAUUUCUAGGAGCAUGAUGAAGUAAUGGGAGAUAGAUCCUAUGAGUAUAGAGAAUUGGAAUGAAGUGUUAUACUUUUUAUUGUAUAUCAGACCUACUGUACCUUUUCUGAUUCACUGACCAUGACUAAAAGUAAACACAUCAUUCAAUACAAGCCAAAAUCAAGGCAACCUGUUAUUCAGCUCUGGAGAGGUGCUACAGCAAUUGAUAUUGCUGAAGCUACUGGCAGAGAUAUAGAUCAUGUUUUUGAAGCUUUAUCAUAUCUUGAAGGUUAUGAAUUUUAUCAAGAUCCUAACUUGGAAAUUUAUGAUUCUACAGCAAUUUUAGGUAUAGCAAAGAGAUUAGGAUAUCGUGUGCAAAUCAUCAAGAAUCCUAAAGAGCUAGAAAGUCAAGCAACAAAAUCUUUUAAAGAUCUUGUAAAACAGCCUCCACCCAAUCCUAAAGAUUUAGUUUCACGGCCACCUGUAGUCGCAAUUAUGGGUCAUGUAGAUCAUGGCAAAACUACUUUAUUAGAUGCUUUACGUCAUUCUUCUAUAGUGUCCCAAGAACAUGGUGGAAUCACGCAGCACAUUGGUGCUUUUACUGUUAAACUUCCAAAUGGGCAAAUUACAUUUCUUGACACACCAGGUCAUGCUGCAUUUCGAACAAUGAGAGCAAGAGGGGCUCGUGCUACAGAUUUUGUGAUACUUGUUGUUGCAGCUGAUGAUGGAAUUAUGGAACAAACUGUAGAAUCUGUAAGAUACGCCAAAGAAGCUGAUG